AUGGCGCUUCCGCCGUACCCCGCCGGCUGUCGCAGCACGGGCGCCGGUUUCACGUUCGGCGGCUUUGGAGGCAUCUUAGCCGCGUUUCUGAGUUCCACUAGUGAGGCGAUUGGCAGGGCCAGUAGCGGGGCGGGCUACAGCGGGGAUGGAGGUGGAAGCGGGGGAAGAUCAGGAAGCAGUUGGGCUUUGGAAUGGGAUCCCGCUGAAGCAGGAAGCAGCGGCGGCGGCGGCGGCGGCGGCGGCGGCGGCGGCGGGGACGGGGGGAUGGGCGGCGGUUUAAGCAGCAGCAACAGCACGUUAUUUGUGUUCUCCGACGUGUUUCCACCCGGGUGGCCUUUCUCCCUCCUCACUGGCUGGUCUAUCGCCUUCCUCCUCCUCACGCUCCUCGUCGCAUUCGUCGUCCAUCGCACCGUGCGACACUGGCAGCUGCAGCUGUCCGUCGCACGGCUGAAAGCCGCGGGAUUCCUUCGCCACGCGCUCAUGCGACGCGGCGACAUGCCACUCGCCGACCACUCGUGGUUCGUGGAACCAUCGAAGAACCUUCCUGGUCCGAUCACCUGUUGCGUGUGUAUGGAAGAGAUUGAUAAGACGAAGGAGAGAGCGGAUGGGGGGGGAGGGGGAGGGGGAGGGGGAGGAAGCAGCGGGGAAGAAGCAGCGGUAAGAGGGGGAAGGACAGGAGGAGUGGAGGGACUUGGGGACUGCAAGCGCGUGGCGAUGACGGGGCGCAGUGUGGCGCACCAGUGGGUGGAGGCGAGUCAGAUCAAGAUCGAGGAGGACCGGCACGACGAGGACCUCGUGUGCAUGCUGUGCGAUGAAGAGGUGAAGUCCGUGUUCAGCACAGGCAAGCCAGUGUGGCGCUGUGUGUGGUGUCAGCGGCUGGUGCACGUGUUCUGCCGCCCGGCAGUCAUGAAAGCCGGAGAGGACCCCUGUGACUUUGGCGCCCUGCGCCGCUCCAUCGUCUCCCCUCUCUGCGUGCGCGAGAGAGGCGCGGUUGGGAUCAGCAGCAGCGGCGGCGGUGGUUUCGGUGCUGCUGCCGGCGCUGGUGGUGGAGCUGGUGGUGGUGGGGGGGCAGGAGGAGGAGGGGGGGGUUCGGCGUUUGGGUAUAGCCCUGCGGCCGCUGCCUCGGGCAUGCGGGAUUUGAUCUCCUCCUGGCGGCAGAACGCCGGGGAGCUUGCGAGCAAUGUGAACCGUUCGAUCAGGAAACGGGCCAAGAGGCGUGCUAAGAAAGUGGCUAGUUCGGCUGACUUGCUGAAUGGAAACGGGAAUGGGGCUGGGCAUGGGAAUGGGAAUGGGAAUGGGAAUGGGAACGUGCAUGCACAUGGGAGUGGCACUGGGGAUGGAGGGGUGGUGGGUCAGGGUGGGGGAGGAGCAGGAGGGGCGGAUUUUCCGGAAGGGGAGGCUAUGCUGUUAACGAAUGGGCUUAUAAGCGGGUUUGAUGGGGGGUUUCCGUCGUCACCUAGUGGGUCGUCGGUGGGCGGUGGCGGGGAGUGGGUGAGGGUGAAUGGGGGGCGCACGCACAACAACAGCAACAAUAACAACAAUAACAACAUGGAUGCCAGCAGUUCCAGUAGCUCAAGUGCUGCUAGUAGUAUUGGCGUCGGUGGUAGUGGUAUUGGUUAUGGUGCUGUUGCUGCUGGUGCUGCGGGUGGUGGUGCUGCUGCUGGUGCUGGUGGUGGUGGUGGUAUUCGAAAUCUGAGUGGGUUUAAUGCAGGGGGCACGGAGAAGGGAGGAGGAGGGGAGGCUUGUGUGUUGUCCCAAGGGGAAGGUAGUGACGGGUCGUGUGAAAGGGAGGGCAGGGAGGGCAGGGGUCUGGACAGGCACCCAGUGGGUGAGAGGGGAGUUGCUGGAGGUAGAAGAGCGUCACAACUGCAGCACGAACAGCCGCACAACCGUCAGCAGCAGCAGCCGCAGCAGUUGGUGCAGCAGCAGCAGCAGCAGCAGCAGCAGCAGCAGCAGCAGCAGUACGAGAUAGUGAACCUGCCAGCAGACGCGCGGCCGCUGCUGGUGUUUGUGAACAAGCGCAGUGGGGCGCAGCACGGCUCUGCUCUCAAUCGCCGCUUCAACAUGCUGCUCAACCCCAUUCAGGUGGUGGAGCUAUCCAAGGACCGGGGCCCAGAGUACGGGCUCUCUCUCUUCGACCACGUGCCCAACUUCAGGGUGCUGGUGUGCGGGGGCGAUGGCACAGUGGGGUGGGUGUUGGGCGCGAUAGAGAAGCGCGGCUACGACAUCCCCCCGCCCGUUGCCGUGCUGCCCAUAGGCACUGGGAACGACCUUGCCCGCGUGCUGGGAUGGGGAGGGGGGUUUGGCGCGGUGGAGCGACAGGGCGGGCUGCUGUCUGUGCUGCUGAACAUAGAAAACGCGCCCAUUGCCAUUCUAGACCGAUGGGCUGUCACCUUCCACCCCGCUGCUGGUGUGGGGUGCGAUGCCAAGGUGGCUCUGGAGAUCCAUCUCCUAAGGGAGGAGAACCCCGAAAUGUUCUACAACCAGUUCCUGAACAAGGUGCUGUAUGCCACAGAGGGCGCUCGGGACUUUGUGGACCGCAGCUGCAGCAACCUGCCAUGGCACGUGCGCGUGGAGAUCGACGGCCGCGAGGUGGCCAUUCCAGAGGAACUAGAGGGAGUGCUGGUGCUGAACAUAGGCAGCUACAUGGGGGGAGUGGACCUGUGGCAGAACGAGGAGGAGCUGGAUGACGGCCUGGCACCGCAGCUCAUGCACGACCGGCAGGUGGAGGUGGUGGGCAUCUGCGGCGCCUGGCAUCUGGGCAAGCUGCAGGUGGGCCUAUCACGUGCCAUUCGCCUGGGCCAGGGCCGGUCCGUGCGAAUCCACACGUCUGUGACCUUCCCCGUGCAGAUCGACGGGGAGCCAUGGCUGCAGGCGCCUGCCACCAUCCACAUCGCUCACCACUCCCAGGCGUUCAUGCUGAGGAGGACGGAGGGGGAGCCGGUGGGGCAUGCAGCAGCAGUGUUGAGCGAGGCAGUGGAUGCACUCACAGCCAGGGGGGUCAUCACCGCCGCUCAGAAGCGAGCGCUGCUGCAGGAGGUGGCUCUGCGACUGCAGUGA